ACAAAGUACUUUCGGCAAGCCCUUUUUCGAAUGCCGUCCGCCAGCGCCACGGCCCAUCAGGUCGCGCGCGCGCCGCUGGAAUGAGAAGAUUAGCUGCUCGAUUGCCAACCCCAGCUUCACAUGCGCGAUUGCGGCGAACAACCGCGGCCUCGCGCUCCGGCAUCGCAGCCCAUGUCUCGUCCUCCCGAUCGACGGCGUCGUGGUGCGCCCGCCCGCGAUGGUUGAAAGACGAGGUUCUGCUGCCACAAAAACGCCGGAUAUCUCUGACGACGCCGUUGUUACAAGACGUAUCCCGGCCACCAGUCCCACCCACGGACCCAUCACCAGUCACGUACCCGCCCCUGGAUGAAGACGGCAAGCUCGACCCAUCCGUCUUCUCGAACCUCCCGUUCCGCUUCGACACGGGCAUCGCGCUGUUUGCGAAGCGCACGCCGCGCCCGUUCCCGCCUCCGUUCCUCUCUCCACCGUCGGGCUCCUUCAGCGACCCGCUCAGCACCCACGACCGGAGCAGGGACCGGAGGGCGUACGUGGAUGGCCACCUGAUACAAGGGUUUACCAACGGCGACGAUGCCGUGUUUGCGAGCGACUACUUCAUCUGCGCCAACGACGGCGUGGGCGCGUGGAGUGCGCGCCCGAGGGGCCAUGCUGGGCUGUGGGCGCGGCUGAUCCUCCACUACUGGGCAACCGCCAUUUUCGAAGACGCCGCUCGCCAAGGGGGCUCCUACCGCCCCGACCCGGUCGGCGAGCUGCAGCGCGCUUACGAGCAGACCAUCGAGGCGACGAGCUCGCCCAACGACUGGCAGGGCACAACGACGGUCGCGGGCGCGCAGCUGCACUACCGCCGAGUCACCAAACCCUCAAACCCCGACGACAACUCCGCCAACGGCAACAACAACAGCAACAUCAACCCCAACGCAAACGGCCAAGAAGGCGACGCCGCCUUCGAACCGGUCCUAUACGCAACCAACCUAGGCGACUCGCAGGUGAUGGUGGUGCGGCCGUCGACGCGGGCCGCCGUGUACAAGACGGCCGAGCAGUGGCACUGGUUCGACUGCCCGCGGCAGCUGGGCACCAACAGCCCCGACACCCCCCGGGCCUGCGCCGUCGUCGACGAGGUGCCCCUGCGCGAGGGCGACGUCGUGCUCGCCAUGUCCGACGGCGUGAUUGAUAACCUGUGGGCGCACGAGAUUGUCAAGACGGUCUGUGAUAGCCUGGAGCGCUGGCGCGCGGGGCAUCCGGAUGUGGCCACCGGCGGCGGCGGCGGUGGUGGUGUCGUUUCCAAGCAGGCGUUGCGUGGUGGUGGUGGUGGUGGUGAUAGUGGGAUGGGGUUUGUGGCGGACGAGUUGAUGGAGGCUGCGAGGGUUAUUGCGGUCGAUCCGUUUGCUGAGAGCCCCUUUAUGGAACAUGCCAUUGAGGAGGGGCUGGCUAGUGGCGGCGGUGAGUGGUCUUGGUUUUUGUUAUGAGGUCUUGGGGGGCCGGCUAACUAACUUGGUGUAGGCAAACUGGAUGAUAUUAGCGUCGUGGCUGCGAUUUGUAGGAGGAAUGGCCCGGGGUGAACGGGCGGGAAUGAUAAAGGGGGGUGGGGUUUUAUCGAUGGCCGCUACCGAGGUAGGUACCAGGUAUUGCUGUGCUCGGCGUUGGGGUCGAGGAUGAGCUGGGGCUGAACAUUGUUUAUUCGGGUACCUAAUCUUUACAAAUACUCUGGUUUUGUCACUUGGUCUUGCUACCGUUUGUUGUCGGGGUUUCUGGAGGCAGGCGGGUACAUGGCGUUGCUGAACGAAAUAAUGAUAACUUCGAGGUUUGGUUCGCGCUGGGAGCGGCUGUAUCACCACAGUAAAGUAGGACGCUUGCAAGAAUUGCGGACUACUUAGUAAUUCCCAGAUCUCGGGAGGUUUAAAUAUCUCUCUCUGUUUCACAACAUAGGC